AUGGCUUCCUUCAAACCCAGAAACAUUCUUCUCUUCGGCGCCACUGGAAACAUCGGCACAUACAUUUUGCAGGCCAUUCUUACCGCACGGGACGAAUUCGACCGGAUCGCGAUUUUCACGUCGCAGGCAACUGCGGCUUCCAAGAAAGAUUACUUAGAUGACCUGAAACGCACCAAGAAUGUCGAAGUGCUCGUAGGGGACGUGCAGGACCAAGAUGCCGUGAGAAAGGCUUAUCAUGGCAUUGAUACCGUCAUCUCUGCAUUGGGCCGGGGCGCAAUAGCUUCCCAAAUCCCCCUCAUCCGUCUUGCCGACGCCUCUCCUACUGUGAAAUGGUUCCUGCCCUCUGAAUAUGGCACAGACAUUAAGUAUUCCCCAGCUUCGGCGCAGGAAAAGCCGCAUCAGCAGAAGUUAAAGGUGCGGGCGUUCUUGGAGAAUGAGAGCCCCAACGAAGGGGUGGUGUCAGACUUGGCGUAUACAUAUGUCGUUACAGGCCCGUAUUCCGACAUGUAUGUGCACUACGCAGGUAAUCCUAUCGCGGGUGGAUGGGACGUGAAGGCCAAGAAAGCCACACUGCUGGGAGAGGACGGAAACGCGAAAGUGAGUUUGACUACGAUGAAAGAUGUUGGAACUCUCGUGUUGGCGACAUUACGACACCCUUCCGUUGCUUUCAACCGCGCACUCAAGGUCAAUUCGUUCACUACCACACCGGCCGAGAUACAUGCCGAGUUCGUGCGUCAGACAGGGGGUCAACCGUGGACCAAUGUCCAGUACACCCCGCUGUCCCAGUUGCGUGAGGCAGAGUCCGAGGCCUGGCAGGCGGGCAAGCCCGAAGCCACGGUAUUGACACUCAGACGCAUCUGGACCGAAGGAGGCACCUUAUACGAUCAACGAGACAACGCGUUAAUCGGCGAGCCGCCAGUGCAGACACUGGAGGAUGUGGUUGCCCAGGAAGUCAGAAAGUCAUCUUAA